CGUGUUUUAUUUCCAGUCCAUCUCUCUCUCACAAACAUAUUGGAUAGUAUCGAAAAGAGAGAGAGAAGAGCAAGGAGUGGUAUAUGGCAGAUUCCUCCGCCACUACUCCUUUACUAGUUGAUUACGACUCUGCAAACGUCGACCCACAAACUACUGAAACUACUACUUCUUCAUUCUUCAAUCUGCCACCAACUUCCCUCGACUCCAUCAUCGAAAAGGUCACUAAGAAUUCUGGUUUUGCCCAGUUUCUGCAAGCCAUCCUUGUCUCUCUUUCCUGGCUUUUCGACGGCCAACAGUCCUUCAUCAGCAUCUACGCUGACGCCCAACCAACUUGGCAUUGCACUGCCACCGACGUAAAUAUUAAAAAUUCCACCUGUAACCCAUCCUCCUCUAAUAUCUGCCAGCUUUCGAGCUCUUCAUGGGCCUGGGACAGACCCCCUUUCACCACCACCAUCUCCGACUUCAACCUCCAAUGCUCCAGUUCGAUAGUCUCGGGGCUUCCGGCGUCGGCCUUCUUCUUCGGCUGCCUUCUGGGGGGCUUCAUUCUGGCGACGCUGGGCGACUCAUCUCUGGGGCGCAAGAACCUGCUGUUCCUGUCGUCCAUGACGAUGUCGGUGUCGGCUCUGCUGACAUCGUUCGCGGGGAACGUGUGGAUCUACUCGGCGUUGAGGUUCGCCAGCGGGUUCGGGCGGGCAUCCAUCGGGGGGUGCGCGCUGGUACUGUCGACGGAGAUGGUGAGUAGAAAGUGGAGAGGACAGGUGGGGAUCAUCGGAUUCUUCUGCUUCACGCUAGGGUUUCUGUCCCUACCGUGGAUAGCGUACGUGAACAGGAAUUCGUCAUGGAGAGUGCUGUAUCUGUGGACAUCGGUCCCAGGAAUCCUCUACUGUGCACUCAUUUUCUUCUUCGUGAGCGAGUCUCCGAAAUGGCUGUUCUCGCAGGGCCGUAACGAAGAGGCCGUCGCAAGCCUUGAAAGAUUCGGGGAACCAAACAAAUCCCACAGCAGCUCCUUGAAUCUCUACUUGUCCCGCAUCCCUCUCGUAGUCGUCGAUCACCGUCAGCAAGAAACCCCCCCCUCCUUCGUCGAUCAUUACGCCUCCCUUCGAAGCUUGUUCUCAAAGAGAUGGGCUUUCCGCCGACUCCUGACUUUGAUGGUCCUCUCAAUUGGCAUCGGAAUGAUCUACUACGGCAUGCCCUUGGGCGUCGGAAACCUGGGAUUCGAUACCUAUCUCAGCGUGGUUUUCAAUGCCCUUUCCGAGAUACCUUGCUUCGUCAUCACCUUCUUCUUCAUCGGACGGUGGAAUAGGAAGCCUUCGGUGCUUGCAUUUUCCCUCAUAAGUGGGGUCUGCAGCAUAUUGUGCGUCCUGGCGGUGAGGUCCAAAUGGGUGCAGAUCGGCCUCGAGCUGGCUUCCUUCUUCUGUGGGAACACGGCGUUCUCCAUUCUGCUCAUCUACACGCUGGAGCUUUUCCCAACCAGCGUCAGGAACUCCGCCACGUCAAUGGUCAGGCAAGCUUUGGUGUUUGGAGGCAUGUUUAGUCCCGUUCUCAUUUCUGCUGGCAGGGAUAAUGAGUUUCUGUCAUAUGGGGUGUUUGGGAUUGUGACUAUUUGCUGUGGCCUGUCCGUAUUUUCAUUGCCAGAGACCAGAGGUGAGAGUCUUUGUGACACUAUGGAUGAGCAAGAACGCAAGGCUAAUGCCACCUGUGGGGCCAUUGAUCCAAAUGCUACUGGUGCUAGUGUGUAAUGAGCUAGAGAAAUCGUACCAGUACUACUCAUGGUACUACUGUACUGUAAUUUUAUCUUGUCCAAUUUGUAUUUGUUUGAUUACAUGCUAAUGUUGUUGAAAAAUAAUAUAUAUAUAUAUAUAUAUAUAUAUAUUUCUCCAUCAA